AUGCCAUACAAGCGGUGUAAACAGAACAUUCGUAACAAGAAAAUGCAGGUACUACUUCGCAAAUAUCGCAAAUCCUGCGUCUUCGUCAACAUGUAUUUCACUAUCCUUGCCAGCAGUUCCAGCAGUGUGUUCUCAACCAUUCUAUACCAGCACGUUUCGCUGAUGUUCAAGAACUGA